AUGUCACCUUCAUGGUGCGCAACGUUGCUGGCCUGCUUGUUUGCCACAACUUCUGCACUCUCACCUGCCGCGGAUGCUUGCGAGCAUGGAGGAGACGUGCAAGCCUUGCUGCAACGGCGUGGUGCCCACAAGAGUCUCCAAGAUUUUGCUCGAUCCGACUGUGAGGACUGUGACCUAGAGCCGAACCCUCCUCAGUGGUCGCCUUCGGUGUACAUCUUCAGUCCCGAGACUCAGAAUAUCAGCUGCACAGUGCAGACGCUCUUCACUCAGCUGGGACCCCUGUCGACGGGCAAGUUCAGCUCCCUACGCGUGGCGCUGCUUUUCAAGCCUGGCAACUACAGCCUGGACGUGCCCGUGGGUUUCUACACGCAGGUGCUGGGACUCGGAGAGAGCCCAGAAGAGGUGACUUUCACUGGCAGCCGCGGGGUGUAUGGGCCCAGCGAGGCAGACAACGUGAACUUCAACACCUUCUGGAAGGCCGUCGAAAACGUCGCGAAUCGCCCCACCUCCCAACGUACGACCUGGUCGGUGUCACAAGCCGCACCCAUGAGACGCGUCAAGGUUCACGGAGACCUGGCUUUCGGGGAGCCCGGGACGGAUGGGCCUUCCAAGGGCAGCGGCGGCUUUGUGGCGAACUUGGAGGUCACUGGCACGGUGGAUCUAGUGCGGCAGCAGCAGUGGCUCAUCCGCAGCUGCAAGGUACAGAACACCACCUACUUCGACAGCCCGCCGCGUGCCGUGAACUUCGUCUACGUGGGCACCGAGGGGGCUCCUGCUGAAACGUGCUGCACGAACUCCAUGCAGGACCUGAAGACUUCGACCCGGAAAGCUAACGGGCACACCUUGGAGGAUCCCGUGUCGCCUCAUCCGCAGAAUCUCUUGGUGGAGAAGCCGCCGGUGUUGCUCGAGAAGCCUUACAUCACAGUGGAUGCCAUGGGAAAGUUCAACCUCGCGAUCCCCCGACCGGUCUGGGGACGAAGUGGGCCAAGCUGGGACGAGGCGGACCUCAUCGGCUUCGAACACGUCUUUGUGGCUACAGAUUCCAUGGCAGCCUCUGCGAUCAACGCGAAGCUGGCAGCAGGGCGACACGUGGUGCUCUCCCCCGGGAUCUACCAACUCAGCGAGCCUCUCCGGCUAGGUUUCAAUGAGAGAGCGGGCGGUCAAGUGCUCCUGGGGUUGGGCAUGGCCACGCUCGUGCCCACGGCCGGCACGCCGGUGAUUGAGGUGGGGCCCUCUUGCGGCGUGCGCGUCGCCGGGGUCCUGCUCCAAGCGGGUGCCGUCAAUUCGCCGUCGCUGCUUCGCUGGGAGCCAAACUGCUGUCCAGGCGAAACCCCUGGCCUGCUAGCCGAUGUUUUCGCACGGGUCGGAGGCCCUGACGCCGAGGUGGUGUCCGCAGAUGUCAUGAUUGAAGUGGGGGGCAACCACGUGGUCCUCGACAAUGUCUGGGCCUGGAGGGCAGACUGUUGCCAGCUAGGCUGUGGCACGUGUGUGGAGCGAUACUGCAAGCACGGCGUAGUCGUGAACGGUGCGAAUGUGGUCUCCUACGGCCUUUUUUCUGAACAUUGCCAGCAGGAUCUAACCGUAUGGAACGGGGAGAAUGGGAUGUCCUUCUUCUACCAGAGUGAAAUGGACUCCUUCGCGCGGCAACCCUGGGAUCACACACCAGACUAUGGAGAAAAUGGUGUCUCUGGCUACCGAGUUAAUGCUCACAACCACACCGCCCUGGGCAUCGGCGUCUACGCCUAUUUCGUAGAGCCAGGAAAUGUCGUAAAGGCCGGCACAGUGAUAGCGGAUGAGGCCAGUAGCAAGCUGACGUGUCCUUUUGCUUGGAAUCUGAAUCCUGCGUGGUACAACAACUCAGAGUCCGGAAUUGAGCGUGCAGUGAGAAUAGAGCAUGCACAUUUGUUAGAGUUUUGA